AAAUGGUUGAUCAAAUAAAUUUAAAUGACUUGAUUAUUAAAAUCUUCGAUCUUAAUCAAAAUAAAAAACUAGGUAAUAUCAGAUUCAUUCCUGGGUUUCUGUCUAAUUGUAUUAAUAUCCUCAAAAAUAAAAAUAUUCAUAACCAUCAAUUGAAAUUCAAAAUUUCUCGUUUCUUAUUCCAUCAUUUCAAUCAAUUUUGGAAUUAUAAUAACAGUGCUCCCACUUCCACUUCCACUUCCACUUCCACUUCCACUCAUAAUAAUAAUAAUAAUAAUAAUAAUAAUAACUCUAUUUUACCAAAUCAAUUGGGUAUACUCUCAUCUGAAAAAAAUUGGUUGAAACAUCAUUAUUUAACUGAUCUAGCUGAAAUGAAUUUAAUCAAAAAUAAUGAACUAAAUCAAAACUUGAAAAAAUACUUGUUUUCGAAUUUAUCAAUAAUCUUUGACUUGAAACGUUCUUUUGAUGAUAUACUAUUUUUCAUCAAUAUCCUAAUUGAAAUCUUCAAUAUAAACAAUAACAACUUUAAUAACAAUUUUGAUGAAAAUCUUAUUUUUGUCUGCUUAAAAAGCUUUGACCAUGUACUAAAUAAUUUCAACUUAAAAAUAAUAAACAAAGACCAAAAACAACAACUAACAAACUCUUUUGUUCUAUUAUUUCCUCAGCUAAUAAACAUAGCGCAAACAAUACUAAAUGACUUGAAUAUCCCCCUUAAACUAUCCAAAUUUAACAACAAUGAAAUAAAACCCCAGGAAAGCUGUUUUUCACUCGAGAACAGCGAAAUAUUGACUCUUCUAACCAGAUGCUUAUCAUAUAUCACAUCAUAUAAUUCCUUAUCUUUGUAUUCUGAAACGACUCUAAAUUCAUGGACGUUGUUUAAUUUGAAUAUCAUAAGAAAGAAUGAAGAAUUUAAUUAUUUUAGCGACAUUUCUCGCCUAUCACUCGAGAAAAACUUUAAAACUCCUCCCUAUGUUGAGAUUUUAAACCAUUGGAUAAUAUACACCGAUUAUGCCUUUCACAAUAUCUAUUUAUUAUUUAGCAGUUUUAAUUCUAACUUGUUUCUAAAUUCCAUUCCAAAUUUCCAGCACAUAUUUAUGAACGUUUAUUUUCCUGAAAUUGUCGAUAGAUAUUCUAAAUUGCUUGAAAAGUACUAUGAAAAUGAAGACAAAAAAAAAUUCAUAUCGGACAAGAGUUUGCACUCGAUUGUUUUAAGUAUGAUCGAGUUGAUUGAUAAUGAAAGAAUCAGGGGAUUUUUAGAAUUAAAAAUCGAUGAUAUUAUUCAAAAGUUUAUUUUUGAAUCAUUAAAGACAGAUCGAUAUAGCGAGGAUAGUUUUUUAAAGAAUUCGUAUAGAUAUAAUGAAAAAAAAAGGGAUUUAACUGAUAAUAAUUUUUACAUUCGAUUUGAUCAUUUUUAUUAUUCUCCAACUUAUUCAGCCAAAACAUUAUUAGUGGCGUUGGCUAAUAGUAAAUCAAAGAUAUUUAUAAAGAAGAUUUAUGAGUUUAUUGAAACAAAUUUAAAAGAACAAAAAGAACAAAAAGAACAAAAAGAACAAAAAGAACAAAAAGAACAAAAAGAACAAAGGAAGCUUAUGGAAAUCAAUAAUAAAGAGAAUGAAAUUGAAAGAUUUGAAGAGGCAGAAGAUAUAGAUUGUGUUUUGAUUAUGUUUGAUUCAAUUUCAGAAAUUUUAGUUGAACCUGAAUUUGAGAUGUACAAAAUUGGAGAAUUGAUUGAAAAUUGGAUAAUACCAUAUGUUGAUUCUAGAUUUAAUUUUUUAAAAGCAAGAACAUUACAAGUUUUAAAGAGUUAUUCGGCGAUUGAGAUUAAAGAGUAUUGUAAUAUUAUGAAAGUGAACAAAUGCAUUGAGGAGAUCUUUUCAAAGGAAUUGAGAAAUUUUGGAAAGAUUUGCAAUAUUGUUAAUAGUAAAUUCAGUGGAAGUGAUAAUCAUAAAUAUAAAUAUAAAGAUAUGGAUAUGGAUAUGGAUAUGGAUAUGGAAAUGGAAAUGGAAAAUUAUACGUUCAAAAAUAAUGAGGAGAUAGCUUUAAUGUUUCAGGCUAUACUAGUUUUACAUUCAUUAAUUUUGAAAAAUGAUAAAAUUCGAGAAUAUAUUGGAAAGAGGAUAUUUUUUUUUCUAAGUAAACUAAUUGAGUUUGCGAGUAAGAUCGAUGAAGAGAUUGAUUUACAAAUAUUUGAGAUUAUUGAGGAGUUGAUUGAUAUUUAUUUGAGUGAGAUAGAAAAGGAUAGUGUGAGGUUUAUAAAGAUGUUGAGUUUGAAUUUUGUUCGAGUGAUAAAGAGGGAUUUCAAUGUUAAAUAUGAAGAUUAUUUAAGUAAAAAAGAAAACAAAAAAGAAAAAGAAAAAGAAGAAGAAGAAGAAGAAGAAGAAGAGGAAAGUAAGCGAUAUUUGAUAGGACGAAAAAUAAUUCAAGAGAUUAAAAAGGAUGAUAAUUUCAAGGAGAGUAUGAUUUUUAUGAUAAUUGAUAAAAUAGUGAAUUAUUUAAUGGGAUUGAAUAAUAAAGAGAAAAAUAUUAAUGAGUUGAUUUAUUAUAUUUCGCCUAUUGUUAAGAUAAUUUUUUUGAAUAAUUUGAACCAUGAGUUUCCGGAUUGUUUAAAGUUGAUAUUAAAGUUGACGAGGUAUUAUUCUGUUGAUAAUUUAGAAGAUGUGGCCCAAGAAGUUGAUUUUUUUUUUGAAUUUUAAAAUCUAAUAAUUAGUUUGAUUAAUUAGGUAUUUAGUUAAUUGGUAAUAAGUUUAUAUAGAUUUUUAUUUUAAUUAUGCAUUUAUAAAUAAGGAAAUACAAAUAAAAGAAAGUGGAA